CUUACAAACUACAACUGUCAUUCACCGUCACUAAACUAGCCCCGAUGUAGUCCACUAAUUGUGUGUCCGUUAUUUAUGUUUUCAUUUUCCAUCGCCGUUAAUUUUACUAAUUUUCAUUUGUUGUAAUAAUACUUUGUGUUUCGUUUAAAAUGGCAGUACUAACCACUUCGUUUCACGUCUGAAGAUGGACGAUUGCAUGCAGAGGGAGCAAACGAAGAGCAUUAAAAUGGGCGCGAGCGGUAAUGCCGACUCGGCGAAAAUCGCAUCUCUACAAGAGAGGAAGAAACACAUCCAGGACAGACUUGAAAAACAUCACAAAGAGCUCCGGAAAUUAUGCAUUGAUGAAGCUGAGUUAACUGGCCAACUACCUGUUGAAUAUCCUUUUGAACCUGGUGAACUACCACCGACUUUCAGAAGAAGAGUAGGCACAUCCUACCAGUUGAACAAAAACCUCCUCAAUAACCUUGACAAUGAAGGAGAGAUCUCAGUCCUGGAGAUGGAGAUGCACAUGUUGGCAAACAUGGCUCAGGCAGCUCUUGGCUUGGCCAAUGAAAGCACAUCCAACAAGGCAGGAAAAAAGGCACACCUACAAGAAUAUGAAACUCAUAUGGCCAAGCACAAAGCCCUGGAGAACAAGCUGCAUGAUUUGAAAAUAUCUGCAUCACAGACAUUCAAUCAACAGAAACACAAGAAGAAACCGCGUCCGGAGAAAGAACACGGCGAUUCGGUGUCGAUGAAUUUAAAUAUGUCGUCCGAUCCGUUCGCGAAGCCCUUCCGGCAUAGUUUAAGGUCAUUGCAAUACCAAAGCACGCAUAGUAUGCACGCGCACAGCACCACAAGCUCGCAUAGCUCACAAAGUGGGCAUGCUGGGCAUGUGAAACAACGACCUGCCUCACAGAGGUAUGGAUAUCUUGUACCUGAUGGAAGUGAAGCACCACAACAUGUCCAACAACAACCACACAGAGAUUUGAGUGUGAACAUGAGUUAUCCUGCAGUGAAAGUUGAGCCAACUCUGUAUAAGUUAAGUCUGGAUGGCUACAAGCAAUAUGAAGACAAGCAAGAAACUUUGGAUGUAGCUGUAAGUGAAGGUCACUUCCGGUCGUAUCCAGGCAUAAGCCGUACUCUUCCUCAUGCUUCACGACGCUCCCCUCAAACACAUUCUUAUACACAAGGAUACACUCACACUGCGAUUCGUUCUACGCUUAAUCACAGCCCCGGUGCGUCUACUUCCGUUUCCGCGUCUUUGUCCAAUAUGAAAUACUACCCUGUUGCUCAUCAACAACUGCAACACGCCCAACAUAUGUCGCAUCCAAGACAAUAUUAUGAUUCGCGUGUACCGCCCAGUAAUCCUUUACAACUGCAACCACACCAGCAAUAUGAAAACGUAAUGACUUCCGGUGCGGGUCUAGGCGGUUAUUGGAAACAAUCUGAGAAUGGUGAAUUCUGGUGUAAUAAUUCCAGCACAGAGUCGAUGAAAGACAAACGAUUCGGUAGUUUAGACCGGAGAAAAAACAAACGGUUGCAGAAGAAAGCCGCGGUGAGUUUGGAUCAAAAAAGCGCGACGCUAACGCCAUCAGUGCCUUCUUAUCAAGAAGCUACACGAACAUUACCGACGAAAAGUCAGGCCAUAGCUGCGCGGAGGCAUGAAACACGACAAUUGGUCAGGACUCAAUCGCUUGGCAGUGUUGGUGUGGGUCUUUUGGAUACGAAUUGCCCAAGUGAUGAUUCUUCAUGUGGGAGUGAGAAUAUUAACAGCGAUACACUACGUAAGAAUAAACAGAAGGAAUGGUAUGAGACGUCGUUGGAUGGUCCGCCAUGUCCGCUUGCCGUUACGCCGACGCCGUCUUUACCGCCGAUGAGAACGCGUACUCAUUCUCAUUCGCAUUCGAUUGCGCCUUCGAUUGCUCCCGAAGAGAAGUAUUUGGAUUAUCCGCAGUCGCCGACUACGCCUGCGCCGAUUACGCAUCAUUUUCAACAUGCGCAGCAUUCACCGCUGCUUCCUCCUUUAAGGAUACAUUCUCCGCAAAUGUCCACUGCUAAUCAUCACUCUCCCCAACUUCAUUCUCCUUCCACGCCUAAAGAAAUCCCUGCGGAGUCUAAUCCAUCACCAAGAGUCCAACUUGAAAACCGCGAAAUUUUUAAUAAUAACAUGCCAAAAAAUUGUACCGUCGUGCAGCAGGCUCAGUGGAAGCCGUAUCAUGAAGAGACAAAGCCUUUUGAAAUGGCGGACUUUUAUAAGUAUUCAACGAAGUAUAAAAAGAAACCGGAGGAUUCUCCUUCGGCGCCAUCGCCGUCUUCAUCUACGGGCAGUAAUAGACAGUCUGUUGGAUCAACGGGCAGUGGUUUUAGAAAUUUGCCUAACAUGACAUCAAGUCGAACUCCAGAUGUUAACGUUAACACGCUGGUAGCUAACACUUCUAAUGUUAAUAACAUAUCGAAUGUCAGCACCCUGUCGAACAGCAGCUUUGACAACAAUCCGUUAUCACCACACGUGGCUGACAAUUUUUCAGCUGAGAUGAAUGCGUGGUAUCAAAAGCAUGAGCAUCAGUCGGAUAAUAAUAAUGCGACGCUUGUAUGACAAUGAAUGAAUCAGUGUCGGUUACGUACCAACGCACAGUUGUUUAAUCUACGCUUUAAUUUGUAAUUUUUACCCGUUUUUCGAGAUUUUAUUAUAGAAAUAUUUUUAAUAUGUGACAAAUAAAUACUUUACGAGACUGAA